UUAUUAUUAUUUUGUUUUUUUGUGACGAAAAAAAAGUCAAUUUUUUCUCCUUAAACUUAAAUUAUUAAUCUCUUCACAUUGUUUCAAUUACAAUUUUAGCCAUUGUUUUCAUUGUCAAUAUAAAUCUUUACCAUCAUUAUUUGUUGUGUGUGUAACCAUUUUUUUCUCAUUCUCAUUACGAAAUAAAAGCAAUUUGGAUAAGAUAUAUACUGUAUUAUUGACGCUUUGCCGCUACCGGUGUUUUUUUUCUUUCUUUCUUUCUUUGACUGGCAUUCACUUUCUUUCUUGAAGAAAGAUUUUGUUCAUUUUCUAAUCGUUAAUAAUCACCAAAAAAUGUUUCAUCGUUCAAGUUCGAUUUGUCAUUCACUUUCGCUGAUUGCUGUUCGUACGGCCAAUAAAAUUGAACGACAACAAUUACAACAUCAGAUUAGAAAAUAUUCUGCAUACAACAAAAUAUUCGCGUUUCAUCGAGAAAAACGUUUGGAACAAAUUGAUCAAUUACAAACAAGAAAAAUGUCCGAUUAUCGUGAAGAAAAAGACACUAUGGGAAUUGUUCGUGUGCCCGCUGAUCGUUUGUAUGGUGCACAAACACAACGUUCUCGUGAUAAUUUUCGUAUUGGUGCCGGACAAAAUUGGGAUGUAGAACAGAUGCCCAAACAAAUUAUUCAUGCAUUUGCUGUACUUAAGAAAGCUUGUGCACGUGUAAAUCAAUCAUAUGGUGAAUUGGAUGAAAAACUAGCUAAAGCCAUUCAACAGGCUUGUGAUGAUGUUAUUGAUGAACGAUUGUCAAUCAAAGAUGAAUUUCCAUUAGUUAUCUGGCAAACUGGUAGCGGUACUCAAUCAAAUAUGAAUUGCAAUGAAGUUAUUGCUAAUCGUGCUUCUGAAAUUCUUGGUGGUAAACGUGGUGCCGAACGUUUGGUACAUCCAAAUGAUCAUGUUAAUAAAUCACAAUCAUCAAACGAUACUUAUCCAACCGCUAUGCAUAUUGCUGCCGCUGUUGAAGUCAAUAAGGUAUUGUUGCCUGCUUUGGAAAAAUUACAUCAAUCAUUGAUGGCCAAACAAAAUGAGUUUGAUAAAAUUAUUAAAAUUGGACGAACUCAUUUGCAAGAUGCUACACCAUUAACACUUGGCCAAGAAUUUUCUGGUUAUUCUGCUCAAGUUCAAUUUGGUAUCGAUCGUGUUAAAGCUGCUUUAGAACCACGUGUCUAUUAUUUGGCUAUCGGUGGUACCGCCGUAGGAACUGGAUUAAAUACUCGUGAAAGCUGGGAUCGUGAUGUUUGCAAACAAAUUUCGGAAAUUACUGGAUUGAAUUUCCGUCCAGCACCGAAUAAAUUUGAAGCAUUAGCAUCUCAUGAUGCUAUGGUUGAAUUAUCUGGUUCUUUAAAUGUUUUGGCUUGUAGUUUGAACAAGAUUGCCAAUGAUAUUCGUUUGUUGGCCAGUGGACCACGAUCUGGUAUUGGUGAAUUAUUAUUGCCCGAAUUGGAACCCGGUUCGUCUAUCAUGCCAGGCAAAGUAAAUCCAACACAAUGUGAAGCAAUGACAAUGGUUUGUGCUCAGGUUCAAGGUAAUCAUGUAGCCACAACUAUUGGCGGUACACAAGGUCAUUUUGAAUUGAACGUAUUCAAACCAAUGAUGGCCGCUAAUGUAUUGCGUUCAUCUCGAUUAUUGGCCGAUGCAUCUGUUUCGUUUACGAAAAAUUGUGUCGAUGGUAUACAGGCAAAUGAAAAACGUAUUGAACAAUUAAUGCGUGAUAGUUUAAUGUUGGUCACUGCAUUGAAUCCACAUAUUGGUUAUGAUAAUGCUGCUAAAAUAGCUAAAACAGCACAUAAAGAAGGUGGCAAUCUUAAAGAUACGGCAAUCAAAUUAGGAUUAUUGACCGCUGAACAAUUUGAUCAAUGGGUACGGCCAGAGAAUAUGAUUGGACCAAAGAAAUAAUGAAAACACACUAUGUUGUUGUUUCAUUGAUUUUUUUGUUUGUUUGUUUGUUUUUGGAUUGAAAUGAAAAGAAAAAUUGUCUGAGUUUAUUCAUACAUAUAUUAGAUAUAUAUAUAUAUUGAUGAGAAAAUAAAUUUGAUUGAAGUGACAAAUAAAAACAAAAA